UGAACAUAAAAUUAACGUCUGCCUUUUUCUUUUCCAUUUUCACAACCACAUUCUUUGCUUGCCAUUUUAUAAUAUUUUUCAUUCAAGUUCUCUGCUCUUGUCUGGUUCAGCCCAUUGUACAAACUACUCUCGUGUAUGAUAUAUAUUAGAAGUACAUAUGUAUUUUGUUGUGUAUUCCGGACCAAGAAACAAGAAUAUUGAAGUUGAUUUCUUAUUUUUUGACAUUGAUUAUUUUAUAAAAGCAGAUAAACAAAAUAGUACAAUAAAAUUCAAUAAUUGAAAUAUCAUUUAUUGGUAAUGAGAAUAUUUGUUUUAAUCAUCAGAAAAGUAUCUACACAAAGUUUAUCAUCACAACAAAAUAUUUUGUGAAGUGAAUGUAUGGUCGUUUAUUUCUCAAGUUUAUAAUUGUUUGAAAUAUAUGUGAAUACAAAUUUGGCGGGAGGAGGGGUCCAAGUGAUAAAUUUAGUGUUUGGGAAUUUGUUGUGUUCCGCAAGUAAACACAAGAGAGUAUUUUUUUCAAAGUAAAAGUUAAGAUUGCAUAUUCGAUAAUUAUACAUAGUAAGUUUGCAUGAAAGGAAUGCAAACAGAAUAAAUAUGUGCAUACCAAAACCAACAGUGACAGUCAUAAUCCAAAAACUUGUAAACAUAUGGCGGAUUUUCUAACGAAAAAUCAUCAAAGUUUUCGAAAGAGGCUGGAUAAUAGUAUCAUGUCGACCUAUUUUAAGCAAAAUAAAUGUACCAUUUCAUGCGCAACAUGUUUAUUAUUGAUAUUUGGACUAGUAACAAUUUUAAAUACACUGAUGGGGAAAACUGGAGUUCAGCCGACAUUCACGUAUAUAAGCGAUUGUUUCGGAGAAACAUUACAAAAUAAGACUUUAGCCACCAUAGACUGGAUCGUUCCAGAUGUAAAGGAAAUAAAAAAUCGUGAAUCAAACAGCAAUAUGGAGAAUUUAAACAUGGAUUUUGUCCAACCAAUUAAAAUACACCAUUAUCCCUUAAAUUCUGAUGACUUGCUGUAUGAAUCUAAAAGGAAUCAUAGUCAAAAGGAUUUUUUUUCAGCUUACAGUGUCACUGGUAAUUUUCGCAGCAAAUCUAAUAAGAUAUGGGAUCCACAUCCUGAAUAUACAUUGACGGUCUUUGGAAAACCUAUGCAUUUAAUAUUACAUCAGGAUAAUUCAUUUAUAGUAUCAAACACUUUCCAAGUUAUACGAAUUUUAAACAACAAUACAGAAGUUCAUAAUGAUGGAAAGGAUUAUUUGGGUUGCUACUACAAGGGUUAUGUUCGAGGUGAUAGUCAAUCAAGUGUUGCAGUUUCGCUAUGUAGUGGAAUGACGGGCCACAUAAAAUCAAGUUUCGGAACAUUUUUAAUUCAGCCAGCUUAUAAGUCAAUCAAUUACGAUAGAAAUUUGAUACACAAAGUUUGGAGACAUUCAAACCGUCAAGGACAAAUUCAUGUUCCAGGUGAUCUUAACAUGAAAGUGAAUGAUAUGCCCACAAGCUUAUAUCACACACUAGUCAGAAAAAAGCGAAGUUUUGUUGAUAAACAAUUGUUUACAAUGGAAGUUUUAGUCGCAGUAGACAAAUCGAUGAGUGAAUUUCAUAAAUCGGAUUUGAAUUCUUACAUUCUUACACUUAUAUCUGUUGUUUCUAAUAUAUUUUCCGAUGCAAGUAUCGGAAAUUCAAUAAAUAUUUCGGUUCCUACGAUUGUAUUGCUUAAAGAUGAUAUAAAUAUGUCACGCGGUAAAAAAACUACAUCAGCAUCUCAACUACUUAAACAUUUUUGUUCUUUUUUACACAAAAAACGCAUUCAUUAUGACACUGCGAUCAUGCUCACAAGGGAUCAGAUUUGUCGAAAUGAAGGUGAAGCUAAGUGUGAUACUCUUGGCCUUGCAGAACUUGGGACAGUAUGCAAAAGUUAUUCUUGUUCAAUUGUGCAGGAUAAUGGACUUCCUGCUGCUUUUACAAUUGCUCAUGAACUUGGACAUAUACUUAACAUGCCACACGAUGAUGAUAGUAGAUGUCUUGAUUUCAAACGAUAUGGUAAGAGCACCCUUCAUAUCAUGUCAAGUACAAUGGGAGAUGACAUUCAUCCAUGGUCAUGGUCAGAUUGUUCAAGGCAUUAUGUAUCUGAGUUCCUCGAAAAGGAAGACACUACUUGUUUGGAAGAUACACCACAAAUAAAUGUUCCGAAAUUUGGUCAAUACCUGCCCGGUGAACAAUAUACACUUGAUGAACAGUGUAGACUCAUACACGGCAACUUUUCAAAAUAUUGUUCUGUUGAAGACGAUUGUCGGAAACUGUGGUGCAAAGAAGAACAACUAUCUAGUUGCAGAUCAAGCAAUUUACCAUGGGCCGAUGGAACACCAUGUGGAAAUAAUGCCAGUUGGUGUCAACAAGGGAAGUGUAUGUCUCGCGAAGAAAUUAAUCGAAAAGCUGUUAAUGGAGGGUGGGGUUCUUGGAGUACAUUUACACCAUGCAGUAUGACUUGUGGUGGAGGUGUGCAGGAAUCUCAAAGAGAAUGUAAUAACCCCUUUCCAAAAAACGGAGGGAAAUAUUGCGGAGGUAGUAGAAAGAAAUUUAGAUCCUGUAACACGCAGAAUUGUCCUCCAGGCUCACUUGAUGCAAGAGAACAGCAAUGCUACGAUAUGAAUGGAAAUAAUUUCGGUCUGAAGGGUAUUGAUUCCUCAGUUCGGUGGAUACCAAAAUAUGGGCUAAUUGCCAAAGACAAAUGUAAAUUGUAUUGUCGCUGGGAUAAUACUACUGCGUAUUUUCAACUCAGUGAAAAAGUGAAAGAUGGAACAACUUGUUCCUUUGAUAGCUUUGAUAAGUGCGUAAAUGGAAUAUGCCGACCAGCAGGAUGCGAUAAUGAAUUGAACUCUGUUGCAACAUUAGAUAAAUGCGGUGUUUGUGAAGGAAGAAACAAUACAUGUGAAGAAUAUUCAGGUCAUUUUUACAAAUCGGAUCUAUCAGAAAAAAAUAAUUCAAUGUAUUAUUAUGUGACUACAAUUCCCAAAGGAUCUUCAAAUAUAUUAAUAACCCAACCUGAGUACCAUACACAAAACUAUAUUGUUCUGCGCAGUUCCGAUAAAGAAUCGCUUUUAAAUGGUGAAAGAGUGAUCAAUGUAUACAGACAUGUUUUCUUUUACGCUGGAGUACCUUUUGAAUACAAUGGAUCCAAUAACGUCAUCGAAAAGGUCAAUACCACAUACUCCAGAAAAUUAAAAAAGGAUUUGAUAGUUCAAAUAAUUUCGCUCAACUUAGAAUCUAUGAAAAAUGAUGCCAUUCUUUUAUCGUACUCAUAUACUGCCGAAAAGCGAUAUAAAAUGGAACCUUAUCAAUGGAGAAUGAAAGAUUGGAGCUCAUGUGAUGCUCUAUGUCAAGGGUCUUCCUUUCGAACUGCAGAAUGCAUAAACUUGGUGUCAGACCUCAAAGUGGCCCCACCUUUUUGCGAUUCUUCAAAAAAACCUCGAACUCAAUACAGGGCAUGCAACACAGACUGUUAUAUAACGUUAAAUAUAUCAAGUAUAUCAGCGUGCUCUGCCUCAUGUGGAACACUUGGAAGUAGACAAAAGACUUUUAAUUGUAUACAAACAUACAUCGACACAAAUAUUUCACAUCCUAUUGACCUCUCUUUUUGUGAAUCCAGAUAUGAAAUACAUUUUAAUGAAGACUGUCGAGAAGGAUGCUGGGAUUAUUCUGAUUGGUCACCGUGUUCCCAAACCUGUGGAAAUGGACAACAAGUGAGAUCAGUGGCAUGCUUCUUUAACGGUACACAAGUAGAAAAUUCGCUGUGUGAUAUGAGCAAAAGAUCCAUCUAUAAUUCCAGAAUUCGUUCAUGCAAUUUGGGACAUUGUACCGAAUCCUCAACUUUCAAGGAAGCAGAGGUCAGAAAUAAACUUUAUUGGAAAACAGAUGAUUGGGGACAUUGUGAUGACAACUGCGAGAAGAUCCGAACUGUAUCAUGUUCAAAUGGUUAUGGGUGCUCCAUAGGAAAUAAACCAAUUGAAAAAAAGAAAUGCUGUAUGAUAAAAUACGUUGCGACGUGGUCACCCUGUUCCGUUGAGUGUGGUGUCGGAAUAAGAAAAAAAGAAUUCUAUUGCGCAAAAGUGUUCAAAUCUGCAAAAAAAGGUUUGCGCAAUAAAAGGGAACAAAUUGAUUCAAAGUAUUGUAGUCUUCUAAGGAUACCGACACCAAAUCGAUUAAAAAAAACUUGUAAAGUGGCUUGCAAAUGGAUUCCGGAUGCUUGGUCAACAUGUGUUAGUGAUUGCAGUACAGAAUAUCAAACAAGACCAGUUAACUGCACAAAUAUACUUGGAAGACAAAUAUCAAGCAGAUUUUGUGAUGCCUUAAAAAAACCGAUUGCAAAACAGAUGUGCCCACAUUGUGUUCGACGAGAAUACAAAAUAACAAAGUGCAAUUGUGAAGGUUAUAGGAAACGGCGUGUAGUCUGCAGUGACAGCUACGGAAAAAUAAUUCAAUGUCCAAACAAACAAAAAAUACUUAAAGAAAAGUGUAGACCGCCAGAAGAAUGUUUUCCAAAAUCAUGUGCAGAUGUUAAACGUUUUCACGAAGUCCUUCAUGAUGGAGAAUACCAUAUUUUCAUCAAGAAAAAGCUUAUGAAAAUUUACUGCCACAAUAUGAAUGGUAAACCAAAAGAAUACAUAACUUUAAAUCCAUCAGAUAAUUAUUCGAUUUAUUACGAUAAUAAAACAAAAAGUCCUGAUAUGUGCCCUCCAGCGUCGAGAAAGUUUGAAUACAAAGAUUUUGACAUAAAUGGUGGUCGUACGCAUUUUCGCAAGGUGGCAAUUGAUAUUGUAAGACUUCGUGUUAUUGAAAAUGACUUUACGUUUGCUGAUACAGUUGGAACUCAACAACCUUUUGGAUCUGCUGGUGAUUGUUAUAAUCAGAAUGGAGAAUGUCCACAGGGAGACUUCUCGAUCAACUUUAACACAACGGGUUUUUCAAUCAGUUCAAAAACCAAAUGGGAUAUGUUCGGUAACAGAGCUGUUAUAAAAACACCAAACAAUUUUCACCGGUCUGCCACCAAUCGAAGAGCAUUUUGCGGAGGACAUUGUGGUCGCUGUGCAAUUUCAACUCGCUCAGGCUUGGUUUUAGAUGUGUAGUUGGAAAUGUGCUGGUAUAUAUUUGUAUUAUUUAUAAAUUGUUUUUUUUUUUUUUUAUUAUUUUAAACGCAACGUUUUCAAUCUUAUAUUAUAGUGUAAAGUACUCAUAGAACAAUUGUAAAUGUCAAGAAGAAACGUAUUGUUAGGAAAGUACUUGUAUUUUGUUGUGCCUCUGGUAAAGUAUUAUUCUCAAUUACCAUUUUGCCCAUUCCCUUUGCCUCUGGAAAAAUAUUAUUUUCAAUUAUCAUUUUUAUUGUAAUUUCGUUCCAGUGUAAUAAUACAAAACAUUUAUCUAAUGCAUAUUAAAUACCAAAAAGAAAAAAAUUUAUUGAUUAAUAGGUACCGAUAAUAAUGUUUUAUGAAAUUAAAGAAGAUUAUAAGAAAAUAUAAA